GGCCGGUGGGGGCGGGGCGGGCGCACCUGGCGCGGGGCGGCGGCGCCAUGGCGGGAGCGGAGCGGGGCCGGGACCCCCGGGACCACCGGGGCCACCGGGGCUACCGGGACCCGCACCCCGGGAGCGGCCUGGGGCUGCUGCUGCUGCUGCUGGGGGGGCUCGCCGCGCUGGGCACGGCCCAGGUGACAUCGGAGGACAAGGAAGUGCCGGAGCACAAACCCGUGGACAUUCCCUGCGCCGCGUUCCGCUCCAGCGGGAGCAACCCCCGGAUCGAGUGGAAGUUCCAGAAGGGCUCUUCCCUGGUGCUCAUCUUCUACGAGGGGAAGCUCACAGAUUCGUACCGGGACCGGGUGCAGUUCUCCCGCACGUCGAUCCGGUUCCAGUCGGUGACGCGGGAGGACAGCGGGAAGUACAUCUGCGAGGUGGUGGGGGAUGGCAGCCACAUCACCAAGUCCGAGGUCAACCUCAUCGUCCAAGUGCCCCCCGGGAAGCCGCUUGCUCACGUUCCCAGCUCAGCCACGGUUGGUUCCCGGGCCGUGCUGCGCUGCUCCGAGGCUCAGGGCUCGCCCCCUCCCACCUUCCGCUGGUACAAGGACGGCACCGAGCUGCCCGCGGACCCCAAAUCCAGCCCCGCCUUCCGCAACUCCUCCUACAGCCUGGACCCGCGCACCGGGGAGCUGGUUUUUGAGCCGGUGGGGGGCUGGGACACGGGCGAUUAUCACUGCGAGGCCUCCAACAACGUGGGGACCCCCCAGAAAUCCGACGUGUUCCGCAUGGAAGCCAGUGAGGUGAACGUGGGUGGGAUCGUGGCCGCCGUGGUGCUGCUGCUCCUGGUCCUGGCGCUCGCCGGCUUCGGGAUCUGGUUCGCCCACAGGCGCGGCUACUUCGGCAGUGAUGCCGGCGGGAAGAAGGUGAUUUACAGCCAGCCCUCGCGGCGCAGCGAGGGUGAGUUCAAGCAGACCUCCUCGUUCCUGGUGUGACGUGGCGCUCCCUGCGCCCCCCGGACUCUUUUUCCCGAUUCCCGGAAUUCCGGCGGGAUUUUCGCUGUGGUUUUUGUAAAGCCUCACCCGGUGCCUUCGCUGCCACCGCUGCCUCUGGGACUUGGGGGGUCCCCGUGUCCCCACUUCCUUCACCUCCUGCUUCUGUCCCCUCUUUGUGCCCCCCUUUGUCACCUCUUGUCCCCCCUAUUGUCCCCUUCCUUUGUCCCCCAUCGUCCUCCCUUGUCCUCCAUUGUUGUCACCCCUUCCUUGUCCCCCUUUUUGUCCCCCCUUCGUCCUCCCUGUCCCCUUUGUCCCCCCAACCUUGUCCCCCCUUCCUUGUCCCCUCCUUGUCCCCUUUUGUCCCCCCUUGUCCCCUCCUUGUCCCCUCCUUGUCCCCUCUUUGUCCCCUCUUUGUCCCCGGGGGCUCUGGAAGGGGGCAGGGCUGGUGCCACCAGGUGGGGACUCGUGUCCCACUGGUCCCAGUGGCCCCCCUGUACUGGGAGGGUGGGGAAGGGUACUGGAAAUAAACCUGUG